CGGGGACAUUCCUUCAUCCCCGGGACGGGAAAGGCCGCGAAGGGACGGGCCGGAACAGGGCUCAUGUCAAAGCUGUGAAGUGCCAGUGUUUACUUGGACGAAGCUCAAUUUACAGCCCCAAAAUAAAGAAUGCACAGCAGUGUUUACCUGCUGCAAUCAGCUGGAGAAAAGUUGACUUAGCUUCAGUUCUCUACUCUAAAGCAUUAAUCAGGAAAACUUAUGUUACAUAGCACUGCUGAGACCAGCUCAAUUUCAAGCCAAGGGAUGAACUCACACACAGGUGCAUUGUGACAUCAGUAAGAAUCCAAAUACUCAGAAAAUAUACAACAGCUUUGUGUAGCUGAAGGAAAAUGAUGGAAGAGAGUGGAAUAGAGACAACUCCACCUGGCACGCCCCCACCAAGCUCAGCAGGGGCUGCUGCUGCUGCAGCACCUGUCUCAUUAGCUUUGCCCAGUCCCCUUUCUACACCAAGCAUGUCCUCUCCUCCUGCAUAUUCACCAUCCUUGCCAGCUGGAUUGUCUACAAUUCCUCCUCCUCCUCCUCCUCCUCCUCCUCCUCCUCCUCCUCCUCCUUCUCCUCCUCCUCUGAUGACUUCGGCUUCUCUCCCACCUGUGCCUUUUGCAACGAUUUCUUCUCUUGCACCAUCUCAAAGUCCUGCCCUACCUAUUGCUUCCCCUUUAGCCUUUAGUACCCCCAUGUCCCAGUUCUCUGCUCCUCCUGCAUUCAAGGUUACUGCUAGCCCUGGUCUUCCUGCACCUCCCACUGGUCCCCCCAUUUCAGGUUUUUCCAUGUCCUCAGCCUAUGAUAUCACGAGGGGCCAUGCUGGUCGAGCACCGCAGAGCCCACUGAUGCCUUCAUUUUCUGCAGCUCCAGUCACAGGAGGUGUUUUGGCUGAUCCCAUCACUCAACAAGCAACUUUCUCAUCAUCUUUGUCUCCUGGGGUUGGCUCUGCAAUCACUUUUCCUGAGGAGCAUGAAGACCUCGGAGUAUCUACUGCCCAUGGUGGAGCACCUGCUGGAGGGCUGUGGGGGUUUAUAAAGAGUGUAGCUGAGAAUCCCAUGGUGAAGUCUGUUCUUGAUAAAACCAAACAUUCAGUGGAGACCAUGAUCACAACACUGGAUCCUGGCAUGGUUCCCUAUAUCAGAACUGGGGGAGAACUGGACAUAGUGGUCACUUCUAAUAAAGAGGUAAAAGUGGCAGCAAUUCGAGAUGCCUUUCAAGAAGUCUUUGGAAUGGCUGUUGUUACUGGAGAGGCUGCACAGUCUAACAUUGCACCCCAACCUGUGGGCUAUGCUGCAGGUUUAAGGGGAGCACAGGAAAGGAUAGACAGCUUGCGUCGGGCAGGAGUCAUCCAUGAGAAACAGCCUGUUGUAUCCGUGGAAAACUUCAUUGAGGAAUUGCUUCCUGACAAGUGGUUUGACAUUGGAUGUCUGAUUAUUGAGGAUCCAGUUUAUGGUAUUCACCUAGAGGCAUUUACCCAGGCAACACCAGUACCUUCUCAAUAUGUUCAGCAGGCCAGGAGUCUCACACCUGAGGACUACAAUCUGAGAUGGUCAGGCCUGCUGGUGACCUUGGGUGAGGUGCUGGAGAAGAGUGUUCCGAACGUGAACAGGACGGACUGGCAUGUGGUGUUCACGGGCAUGUCCCGCCGGCAGAUGAUCUACAGCGCGGCCAAGGCCCUGGCAGGGAUGUACAAACAGCAGCUGCCACCCACGACCAUGUGAGAGUGGCUGGUCUGUCACAGCAAGAAGUACUGGUCUUGGUUCUGGAGUUGAUAUGAAGGCUACCCACUCUUAAUUUGCAGUGGAUGCAACACAGAUUUGUAAUCUUAACUCUAAACUGCUUCUACUUUUUAAGAAGCGAAGGUGAUUUCUGGUGGUGGAAGUGAGCAAUUACAUUUUUUGGCUAUUUUAUGAUUUCCAGUAUGAUUCACAAAGCAGGAAAUUGAGACAAAUGCAUAUAUUUAUAACUGCUACAAGUAGCAUUACAAUUUUUCAAGUGUAACAUGCUAUGAUUUGACACCUUACUAGGCAUUUGCUGAGUUACUUUAGUUAGUAUACUUUUGAAAGGGGAUAUUUGUUUAGCUGUUUCUAUUAUAUUAGUAAUAUAAACAUGUUGACAGCAUAACAUGUAUGCUAUAUAUAUGCAUUUCAAUCCAGAGAGACUACCUUACAUGUUAUACUGGGGCACGUAUUUAGGGGAUACUUAAGACCUCAUGAGUUUGGUGUCUGUAUAUAGUUCUCAGGAGUGAUGCCAAGUAGUUUCUACAGCACAUAACAGUGAGGUGCUGAAGAGCACAAAUCCAUGCCCUGUUAGCUGAAGUCUUUGCUAAAUAGUUCUGAAUUCUCAUUUUCCAUGCUGCAUCUUUUUUUCUUUGUUAUGUAGCAGUAAUGAAAUUCGUGGCCAGUUGAAACACCACAGACAAAUUUCGAGUUGCUUCAGUGGGUUUUAUAUCAGGUACCGCAUAUGCCACAUGAAAUCAUCUCAGCAGUCUGAAUAACAUCGUUUACUCCAAUGCUUCCAAACUUCACAUUUUAUAUGGAAUUACGUAAUUUAUCUAGUUACAGCUGUCAGCAAUUUGAUUAUGGAAAAUGGUGAUGUGUGUAUCGCUUGCUUUGCUAGCCUGGGUUUCUUAAACACUUUGAAAUCUUAAAUGCUUUCUUGAUGUCAUGAACUCACUGUCUCUCAUAUAAAUUUUUGGUGUGUCUGAUGUUUUUCAUGGCUGUAAAGGCCCUCCAUCAAUGCUCAUGCAAUCUUAAAAUCUGUAUUUAGAAAUAUGGAAGUAAUUGUGAAGAAAAUAUUUUGGUAACACUUUCUUAAGAAACAAAGAAUAAACAAAUACUUUUUGUUUGCCUUAAGCAGUUUUUCAGCUUAUAUUGCUCUGCCUUUACCUUUAUUAGAUGCUUGCAAAGAGCAUUUUUAUAUACAAUAUACUUUUAAGCCAGCUCAUGAUUGUACCCGGUGGAAAUCUAUCUAUUUCCAAGUAUUUGACCUUAAUUGGUUUACUCUAUAAAGUAGUUGAGUAGAUGUUUUCAGCUUUUUACCAUCUGCUGGGUUGUGUUGCGGGCAAUAAUACAAGAGGAAGUUCAACAGGUAAGACAUUGACAUCCUGUUUUAAAUUUAUGUUGAAAUCAGCUUAGAAAAGCAGAGACACAUUUGGACAUGUGACUUUUAUUACAUGUACAGCCAAUUCCCAACUGCUUCAUCACUGCAGAUGCAGCUGCAGAAGCCAUUUCUGCUACUUUAUGAGGGGGUAGGUUCGUUCAAAUAUUAGCGUCAUGAACAAAAGAUCAAGAAAGCUACUACAUAUACUACUAUUAUACUACAUAUACUAUUCUUUUUAGGUGUGUCUCACAUAGAUGCAGCCAAGUUUUUUGAGUUUGCAUUACUUUAAAAGAGAUCUACCUGGUCCUUAAACUAAGGUUCUUCAAAAUGUUGGAGAUGGUUCAUUAACUGCACUUGUUGCUGGUUUUUGUACACUUAAGACAAUGGUUCUUUAAGUCCCCUGUGCAUUGCACAAUGGCAGGGUUUUAAUUGUUAUUGUGAGAAAGGAGCAGAGCAGUGAUAAAUUCAGGCUGAACUUUAGAAGGUAUGUAUAGGCUGAUGAGAGAUGGGUGAGCCUUCAGAAAUAUCAGCACAAGGGUUUUGUAUAUAGGAAGAAUACUGGAAUUUUUUUUCUGAGGCUGAAAAAUAAUUUCAGGACUAUAUAUAUACAGGUAUGUGUAGAACAGCACACUGACACACCCUCUCUGCAAGAUUUGAUAUAUGAAUUUUAGGCAUGGGGUCACAAGUAGGGAUUUUGAAGGAGACUGUGACUGGGUGAUUGUUAGAGAAGAGCUGAAAAUUUAAGUGUGCAGAAACUGCUUUGUUCAAAUGAAACUUUUUCUCCUGGACUUCAUUUGCACAUUCUAAUCAGCUUUUUGGUUUAGAAAGUGUACUGUUAUCCCAGUUCUUAGUCUGUGCCCUUAGAGAUUGACUUUGCAAGCAGCUGUAGUGGCUUAAGGUGUUACAGCCCUGUCAGUGGAGGUUUCUGCCCCUGCAGAUUUUCUUGUAGAAUUAGCUCUGAAUGCUAAUUAUGAGUUGAAGUUACCUGUGACUGCUCUCCCACGCUUGUUUUAACAGUAGCAAACCUGAGUUGAAAAGUUUCUGCUCUGGGCCUGGCCUUAGAUUUUCAUCACAACACUACUCAGAACAUUGUGGCUCUGUCAGAAAAAUCCUGGUUGUGAAGUUCCCCACACAAUUUUGUUGAAACUAGUCUGAUAACUUCCACCCAGCUGCCCCCUCAAGGUUUUCCAUGCACAUCUGUUGAAGAAGGGAUGGGGCAUGUGGGGUCUGAUGAAGCAACAAAUACAGUUUAGUGGAACAUAUUGGUCCAAAACCAGAACAGUCUCAGUGUACUCUGUACAUGAGCAGAGUAUUAUCCUUUAAUGGAAAGCUUUUAAAAUUAUCUUCCAAUUCCAGUCUUCUUCUUUAGACAUCUCAGUUUGGUCAAGAUAGUGAGGAAUGGCAGAAGAGGGCAAAAAUAAGAAUGAAGUAUGAACGGAUGUGAAGGCGAUCAGGAGAGUACCAGAGAAAUAGGAGUGUCUAGUGAGCAGGUACAGGAGCUUAACUGUAUUUAAUGCAGUGUCCUGGAUGCAGGAAGUGGUAGAGGGUAGUUGAGAAAUCAGGUGGGAAUAUGGAGUAACUUGGGUCUGUCUGCUGCUGUUUAUUUUGGCCAGCUUUAGAAGACCACCAACAUAUACAUGCAUAUCUUGCAGCAGAGAGGUUUAGCCCAAUUGUGAUUCAGAUUCUUCAGGAUAUUUGUAAAAGCAGCUUUUCUUUUCCCAUAAUAGUAUAAUGUGAGGUAAACCUUGCAGAUGGAGGUAAGACAUUAUCCCUGAACAGUGUUGACUCUGAAACAGAACUCUGUGUGUCUAGUUUACAAUUACAUUUAAUAUUUUGACCAAGCAAAUUUAAAAAAAGGAAAAAACAUUACUCUUCAUUUCCUACUCUUAACAGACACAGGAUUAAGUAGUAAAUGAGAACAUUCUGUAUCCCAUCAAAAGUUGUUAAUAGACUUGAAAAUCAGAAUCAAAUAGCUUCAAACUUGGUUAUUUUUCCAAUGUGUAUUUUAACUUCAACAAUUAAGUCUGUCUGUAACUUAUCAAAAACUCAAAUUUUGACAUCCUGAAUCCCUGAACUGUUUGGCUUUGACUUCAUGGUUCUGUUCCAUCCAUAGUUACACAAUUCAGGAAAAGCUAGUUGCAUAAAAGCAAUAGUGUAUAGAAUUACAGUUUCUAAAAGGAAAAAAAUGCCAAUUGGUUUGAUUUAUCAUCUCAUUGUGCAGAAUUCUGUCAAAGCUUUAGAUACUCCAGCCAGCUGAUUUUGUAAAGCAGCCAGACUAUGACCUGGCAAUUAAAUUGUGAAUACACAGUUUUGCAGAGGAAUAACAGAUCCAAAACCACUCAGCAGCUUCUUCUGAGCUAACACAGGGAUUUGUCAUGUACUGGAAUCAAAGGAGAUGCAGCUCUAAGGUUACAAGCAAAAUUAAAAUAUUUGGUAUUAAGCAAGUGAUUUCCAACUAUCUUUGCAUUCUACAAGUGUGAGUGAAUAUGGCACUGGCCUUCUCUGUAAGUUAGAGAAGUACCUCAUAGUAGAGGGGAAAGCAGAUGGGUUGGUUUUGCAAGAUUUGGUGGCUAUUUUAAUGCAAAGUUGCAUGGAAUUCUGUGUAAAGCCUGUGGUUUUUUAAUAUUAAUCACAAAAACACACUUCUUGUUAAAGGAUACUCCAUGACAGGAGUGAAUGUAAUUUUUCUUUUUUUUUUUUAAAUUAUAGUGUUGGAAAUUGUUGAUCACAACUUUCAAGCGUCUUUUAUUCUACUUGCUCAGAUCAGCAUGUAUUUGAAAAUGCUCAGACUAAAAAAUAGCUAAUGUAGUAGCUUCGUUGUGAAUAAUGCAGUGAACCACUCAGUCAAAUUCCUCCCUCAGUUUAGUCUUGAAUUCAUCAAAAGUUCCCUGAGUUUUAAAAGCUUUCACUUGACUUAGUUUGAGUAUCUGUAUGUUCAUGCUUGUGCAGUUCAGUUGAUUCUGCUCAGAAUUUUAUAGGACAAUUUCCCAGUGGAAGAAAACACAGUUCUCCUCUAACAGGAUACUAUAGGGAACUUCUUUCUUCUCAGCUCAGAAACAGAAAAAAAAGUAUAGCUGUUGCCUUGCUUGUAUGCUAAAAUUGAAUCUGUUAUGUCUUCUGGGGAGAAAAUUAGUAGAUAAGAGAUAAUAGACUUAAUUAAACUUACUUGAAUUGCUGUAUUUUAGCAACUUGGGAUAGGUUGUGAAACAAACAGUAUUUAACCACAGUGAGAAGCAUCCUAAUUUAUUUUUUCCUCAAGUAUCAAACGGAGAGCUGCUCUAUCUGCUUUGAGAAUAAAGCGCACAUAAAUGCAUAUUACUGAGGGAUCGUUUUCAUGAUCUAAUUCUUACAGUUGCAGGAGCAGCUGUUCCAAGUAAGUGGUGAAUAUUCUGCAACUUCUUGGAAAAGUGCAGGAAGUUGCAUUUUGUGUAAGGAAUAGUAUUUUGAUCAGUAGUGGGAUUCUGAAAUAGCUGUGGCAUCAAACAAAAACCAGCAGAUUUUUAAAGAAUUCCCAAACAGACUAGUUAUCCUAAAAUCAGUGCUGGUCUUGGGACGUUGCUCUGGGAUAAGUGACUACAGUUAUGCACAUGCAAUGCAGAUUCUAGGGGUUUUGUUAAAAUGUACUAAAACUAAAAAUCAACAAACUUGUGUCUGCAAGGGAAAGAACAGGAGAAUUUUUCUUUUUAACAUAAUGGGAAUUACUGUAAUCAGUAAUCACACUGUUACAUAAUUCUUUUUGUCUGUAGUUCUCACAAUAUUUGCAAAAAAGCACAUCCCAAUACUUAGAAGGUCGUAAGCAUUAUAAUGAAAACAUUUUAAGUUCUCUCUGUCCUGUGUAGAUGCAGACUUUUGUAUCUUUAGAGCUUAUUUUCCUGGACAUUGCAAGUCAGUAAUACCAGACACACAAAACCCUAAAUUGAUAAAUAUAAUAAAUUAAAAUUAUUACUAGG